UCAAGUGCAUUACAUGUAUUGUGCACUUUAUUUCUAUUUUGUGGCAAUCUCAGGAUAUUCCUCCUUGACUUUAGGCUUAGGGUUCGGGCUCCUAUGAGAAUCUAAUAUUACCACCAGUCUGACAGGAGGUGGCGCUCAGAGGGCAAUGUAAGUGAUGGGGAGCAGCUGUAAAUACAGAUGGAGCUUCACUUGCUCACCUGGUGCUCACUUCCUGCUCUGCAGCGGGAUUCCUAACAGACCACUGACUGGUAUCUGGUCUGUGGCCCAGGGGUUGUAGACUCCUGAGUUAAACAAACCCAGGCUUCUAAAGAUUAGAUUUAUUUUAGCACCUAUGUUAAAGUUGAGGGGCAUAAAAGAGAGGCUCAUACAUAGCAUGUGAUCAGGUGAGCUUCAGAAAAGGAAAAAUCAUCAUAACAGUAGGUUUUGCAUCCACAGAGUUAAGCAAACAUGGAUCAAAUGUAUCUGGGGAAAAAAAUUACAGAAAGUUCCAAGAAGUGAAACUUGAAUUUACAUUAUAUUUACAACUAUUUAUGUAGCAUUUAUACUAUAUUAGGUAUGACAUGUAAUCUAGGGAUGAUUUAAAGUAUAAUGGAGGAUAUACAUAGGUUAAAUGCAAACACUACAUUUUAUAUGAGGGACUUGAGCAUCCAUGGAUUUUGGUAUCAGUUGGAGUCUUGGAACCAAUCCCCCAGGGCUACUAAGGGACAGAGCUGUAUAGCUUUUGCAGUGGUAACAAGAGGAAAAGGAGCAUGCCCUAUAAGCCAAGUAAAUGAACCUCUCUGAAAGGGUACACAGAAAUGGAUGUUUUAUUCACUGAGGACAGACUGGCUGGUCUGGAAUGGAGAUGUCAUUCUGAGCAGUAGUGAGAAAUAACAAUGCUCUUUGCCAAUGUAAGUAGAUUCUGGAUGAAAUAUUUAAAGUAAAAAGAAAACCAUAAGCAUACUAGAGAAAAAAAGGUAAUUUUAAAAAAUUGGAGUACUUUCUAAACACAAGACUCCAAAAGCCAUAGAGAAAAAGAUCAAUAAAUUUAACUCCCUAAGGCAAAGGGGGAAAAAAUCCAAUAAAGUCACAUGACAAACUCCCAAGUAGGAAAACUUUGCAAUACAUGUGACAAAGGGCAAAUUUCAUUAUAAUACAACCAAGUCUUAUACAUCUAUUAGAAAAAGACAUGCACAGAAAAUGAUAACAGCAGAUAAACACCUGAAAAUUUGUUUAAUCUUAUUCCUUAUUAAUUACAUGCAAAUAAAAAUGAAGGAAUACUUUCAUCACUUAGAGCAAUAUUCACGAAAUUCUUAAACAGUGAUGGUGAGAAUUUGGGAAAGUAAGUAUUUUUAUACCUUGUUAGUGGGAAUAUAAAUUAUAACCAAUCUGAAAGGCAAUUUGUCAGUAUUUACCGAAAAUGUUUACUGAACAUACCUAGAAAUUCCACUGCUAGGAAUUUAUCCUGUGAAUAUACUCACGAAAGUAUGUCAGGAUGUGUAUACAAUAUCACCCAUUACAGCUGGUUGAUAAAAGUGAAAAGCUGGAAACAACAUAAAUGUCCAUCAGUAGGAAACAGUAUGGUACAGCCAUAAAUAGAUUACUAUGCAAUUGUUUAAAAAAACAAGGUAGGGACUUCCCUGGUGGUCCAGUGGGUAAGACUCUGUGCUCCCAAUGCAGGCAGGCCAGAUUCAGUCCCUGGUCAGGGAACUAGAUCCCACAAACCACAACUAAAAGUUCACAACUGAAACAGACACCACAUGCUGCAAUUAAAACCUGGUGCAGCCAAAUAAAUAUUUUUUAAAAAGAAGAAGGUAGAUCCAUACUUGCUAAUAUUAAAAGGUCUCCAAGAUAUUUUAAGUACAAGAAGAAAGGUACAGAACAAUUUGAAUGGUAAGAUCCCAUUUUUUUACCUUUUAAAAAGAAUAUACACACAGAAGGUAAUACAAUAUUUAAAAGUGAAAAAUGAAAUAAUUCAUUUUUAUAAGUAUAAGCAUAUUUAAUCAUAUCAAAGAAUCAACCAAAAAGUUCAAAUGGCUCAUUUUGGGAGGUAGGGAAUGCAGCAAAUAAUUGCUUCUGUAUUGUUUGAUUUUUUAAACUGUAUGUACUUAGUGCUUUUUUAAAAUAAUUAAUUUUAAAUAUUUCUGAAAGUUAAGAAACAGUGUCUUUCUAAAAAUAAUUUCCUCUCAUCCCCCAUUGUCCCAUCCACCUAUCUAUCUAACUUUUCCUCUCAGCAUAGCCAAAAUUCUUGAGAGUUUUAAGUACCUCUUGUCUCCAUCCCUUACUUCGUACAUCUUUCUCAACCCUUCAAAAUUUGAUUCUGUCAAAGUCACCAGCCACAUGUGGCUAAAGUCAUUUUUUUUGGAAACCUCUUGGGCUCCGGUGACAGCACUUAGCCAGUUGUCUUCCUCCAUUUCUGCAGACCCCUCUCUACUCUUCCUAAUGAUUCUGUCCCAGUUUCCUGUCUUUCUUUGCAUGAUCUCCUCCACUCUAUGGCUUUAGUUAUUACCUAUGUUCUGAUGACUCACAGUGUCUUAUCUCUAGUCCAGACAUCUCUCCUGAGCUUCAGAAGUAUUUAACAUCACCAUGCAUCAGUACUUCCCAGCAUUUCCUACAUCAUGGCACACGCAGAAAAUGAUGGUGCUUUUGUGGCAGUCCACCCUUGCCGAGACUGUGCUCUGUUGGAAGGAGCUUGUGCUGCUUUGAGAGCUGAGAAGAUCAACAUGCAACUCACUGGGAAGCUUUUCCUGAGGCACAAUGAGCCGCGGCCAUGGACCCGGCGGAUCCGGCCUGCCCUGGCCCAGCUCAGCACCUGAUUUCGGCAAGGUGACCAUUCUGGCUGCGUGUGUGAGUGUGCCAGCCUGGGUGAGGAGGCAGAGACAGCCUGCCGGGGCUUCUCUCACUUAUCCCCAGGGCCUGAUGUCGGAGGCCAUGGACCAGUCGGCUGGGAGCCCUGGAAACCUGAACCCAGGAGAAGGUGGUGAUGGCAGCACAGAGCCGGGCACCUGCCAGGAACUCCUGCACCGGCUGCGGGAGCUGGAGGCAGAGAACUCAGCACUCGCCCAAGCCAACGAAAAUCAGCGGGAGACCUACGAGCGCUGUCUGGACGAGGUUGCCAACCACGUGGUGCAGGCACUGCUAAACCAAAAGGACCUGCGAGAGGAGUGCAUCAAGCUGAAGAAGAGGGUGUUUGACCUGGAACGGCAGAACCAGAUGCUGAGCGCCCUGUUUCAGCAGAAGCUCCAGCUGACAGCGGGCUCCCUCCCUCAGAUCCCACUUGCCCCACUCCAGCCGCCUUCAGAGCCACCGGCCUCGCCCUCCCUGAGCUCCGCCGAGGGACCAGCCACCUCGCUGCCUCUGGGGCGCUGCGCUGGGCAGAGAGAGGUGUGCUGGGAGCAGCAGCUGCGGUCAGGAGGCCCAGGACCCCCAGCCGCACCACCCCCAGCGCUGGAUGCCCUCUCCCCAUUCCUUCGAAAGAAAGCGCAGAUCCUGGAGGUGCUGAGAGCCCUGGAAGAGACGGACCCCUUGCUUCUGUGCUCACCUGCUACCCCCUGGCAGCCUCCAGGCGAGGGUCCUGGCUCCCCGGAGCCCAUCAAUGGCGAGCUGUGUGGCCCGCCUCAGCCUGAACCCUCUCCCUGGGCCCCCUACCUGCUACUAGGUCCUGGUAGCUUGGGAGGCCUGCUGCACUGGGAGCGCCUCUUAGGGGGCCCAGGGGAGGAGGAGGGUGCUGGGCGGCCCUGGGGCCCUGGUAGGGGCUCCCCACAGGCCCAGGGCACUGGUUCUGGGCCGCCCUGUGUGCCAGGCAGUAGCUCCUCCUCCUCUUCUGAUGAGGCCGGUGACCCCAAUGAGGCCCCCAGCCCAGACACCCUGCUAGGGGCCCUGGCCCGCAAGCAGUUGAACCUGGGCCAGCUCCUUGAAGAUACAGAGUCUUACCUACAGGCCUUUUUGGCCGGGGCUGCUUGCCCUCUCAGCGGGGACCACCCGGGUCCGAGGCAGCCAUCCUCCCCAGACCAGGGGCCCCCACAACUAUCCAAGUCCAAAGGCCUCCCCAAGUCAGCUUGGGUUGGGGGUACCCCAGAGGCCCACAGGCCGGGCUUUGGUGCUACCUCAGAGGGCCAGGGGUCCCUCCCCUUCCUCAGCAUGUUCAUGGGUGCAGGGGACACCCCCCUGGGCUCACGGCCUGGCCACCCCCACUCUUCAUCUCAGGUGAAAAGCAAGCUCCAAAUUGGCCCCCCUUCUCCUGGGGAAGCCCAAGGACCCCUUCUGCCCUCUCCAGCCAGAGGUCUCAAGUUUCUAAAGCUGCCUCCAGCCUCAGAGAAGGUCCCCAGCCCAGGAGGCCCCCAGCUCAGCCCCCAGCUCCCCCGGAAUUCCCGAAUACCCUGUCGGAACAGUGGCUCAGACGGCAGCCCCUCCCCACUGCUGGCCCGCAGGGGUCUGGGCGGAGGAGAGCUGUCCCCAGAGGGGGCACAGGGCCUGCCCACCAGCCCUUCACCCUGCUCCACGACCCCUGACUCUGCACAGCUCAGACCUCCCCAGCCAGCCUUGUCUGCUACACUUUCCCCAGGACCCACGGUGUCUCCUUGCUACGAGAACAUUCUGGACCUUUCCCGGAACACCUUUAGGGGGCCUUCCCCAGAGCCACCUCCAUCUCCUCUGCAGGUGCCCACCUACCCACAACUAACUCUGGAGGUGCCACGGGUCCCUGAGGUCCUCAGAAGCCCUGGCAUCCCCUCCAGCCCUUGCCACCCAGAAUCCUGCCCCUAUGAGGGCACACAGGAGAAGAGUUCGGACAAGGCAGGCUCUGAGUCUCCCCAUCCUGGCCGCAGGGCCCCAGGCAGCUCGUCCAAGAAGCCCAGCCAGGGGGCAGGACGGCGACCUGGAGAUCCUGGCUACACGCCUCUGCGAGACAGACUAGCAGCCCUGGGGAAACUGAAGACUGGCCCUGAGGGGCCUCAGGGCCCAGAGAAGAAUGGGGUGCCUGUCAGACCUGGCACUGAGAAGGCCCGGGGAGCAGGGAAGUCAGGGGAGAGCACUGGAGACACAGCACCCCCUGCUUCCAGGCCCCCUGAGCAGCCAGAAGCCAAGGGGGCCCUGCGGGGGGCAGUGGCCUUAGGCACAAGCAGCCUGAAGCAACAGGAAUCUGGGCUCCUGGGGGACCCCGGGGCCCGAGUCUACUCUUCCCACUCCAUGGGGGCCCGGGUGGACCUGGAGCCUGUCUCACCAAGGAGCUGCCUCACCAAAGUGGAGCUGGCCAAGAGCCGGCUGGCAGGGGCCCUGUGCCCCCAGGUACCCCGCACCCCUGCCAAAGUGCCAACCUCAGCCCCCAGCCUUGGCAAACCCAAUAAGAGCCCCCACAGCAGCCCAACCAAGCUGCCUUCAAAGUCACCCACUAAGGUGGUGCCCCGACCUGUGGUCCCACCGGCCACCAAGGAGCCCCCCAAACCUGACAAGGGGAAGGGCCCACCCUGGGCAGACUGUGGCAGCACCGUGGCCCAGCCCAUGUCCCCAGCACCUGGCCCUGCCGACCCAGGCCCAGGCCCUGAGGGGCGGGCCCCACACUCGGCCAUUGAGGAGAAGGUGAUGAAGGGCAUCGAGGAGAAUAUGCUGCGGCUCCAGGGCCAGGAGCGGGCACCCGGCACCGAGGCCAAGCAUCGGAACACCAGCAGCAUCGCCAGCUGGUUUGGCCUUAAGAAGAGCAAGCUGCCAGCAUUAAACCGCCGCACAGAGACCACCAAGGGCAAGGAAGGGGCCGGGGGCUCCCCGCUCCGGAAGGAGGUCAAGAUGGAAGCCCGGAAGCUGGAGGCUGAGAGUCUCAACAUCUCCAAGCUGAUGGCUAAGGCGGAAGACUUGCGCCGGGCGCUGGAGGAGGAAAAGGCCUACCUGAGCAGCAGGGCCCGGCCUCGGCCCGGGGGCCCAGCACCAGGGACCAGUGCAAGCCUGGGGCAGGGGCAGGGCCAGCUGGUUGGCAUGUACCAGGGUGCAGACACCUUCAUGCAGCAGCUUCUCAACAGGGUGGAUGGCAAGGAGCUGCCCCCCAAGAGCUGGCGGGAACCCAAACCUGAGUAUGGCGAUUUCCAGACAGUGUCCUCUGACCCCAAGAACUCCUGGCCCGCCUGUGGGCCCCGAAAUGGCCUGGUGGGCCCUCUCCAGGGCUGCGGAAAACCUCCUGGGAAGCCAAGCAUCGAGCCAGGGAGGCAAGAAGAGAUGCCCUCUGAGGACAGUCUGGCCGAGCCAGUGACCACCUCACACUUCACAGCCUGUGGCUCUUUGACUCGAACCCUGGACAGUGGCAUUGGGACCUUCCCACCCCCAGACCAUGGCAGCAGUGGGACCCCCAGCAAGAAUCUUCCGAAGACCAAGCCACCACGGCUGGAGCCUCCACCAGGGGUGCCCCCAGCUCGGCCCCCACCCCUUACCAAAGUCCCCCGCCGUGCCCACACACUGGAGCGUGAGGUGCCCGGCAUAGAGGAGCUGCUGGUGAGCGGGCGGCACCCCAGCAUGCCGGCCUUCCCUGCCCUGCUCACCGCUGCUCCAGGCCACCGGGGCCAUCAGACCUGUCCAGACGAUCCCUGCGAAGACCCAGGCCCACCCCCACCAGUCCAGCUGGCCAAGAACUGGACCUUUCCCAAUGCCAGGGCAGCCAGCGGUUCCUCUGACCCUUUCUUAUGCCCACCCCGACAACUGGAGGGACUGCCCAGGACCCCCAUGGCCCUGCCCAUGGAUGGAAAGCGGAGCCUGGAGCCCAGCCGCCCUGCCCCUGCGCCCCAGGGCCCGGCGUUUGGGGGCAGCCGCACCCCCAGCACAUCGGACGUGGGCGAGGAAGGGAGAGUUGCCAGCGGGGGACCCCCGGGGCUGGAGACCUCUGAGUCUCUCAGCGACUCGCUCUACGACUCACUGUCCUCUUGCGGGAGUCAGGGCUGAGUGGCAGCGGCAGCGGCAGCCACGCCCCGCGCUGGAGGCAGAGACCACGGAUUGGACGGCUCUCCUCAAGCCCCGCCCCCGGACCCCGCCCUGAAGGGACCAAGGAGGCAGAUGAACCAGAGGGUGAAGGGGGUUCCCGGCACAGCCCACUGCCUGCCGCCGCCGCUGCUGUGGAGGAGAUGACCGCUCUCAGCUCAGGGAGAGACCCCACCCUUGGUCCUUUCUCUCACCCAGAGUACGGCUCUUCCUCUGAGGGACUGGGGGUUCAAGGCCGCUGUGUCCCGGCCCCCACUCCCGCUUCAGGCUGAGCCAUCUUGUGGUGCUGGGCUUCCUGCCCACCGGUCGUGCCAUCUCCGCCCACCCUGGCGGCUCCCCUGCCUCAGCAGCCGCGUGCUGGUGGAGUUUAGGGGCGAGGGGUCACGUUGCCUUCUCUCUGUCUGCCCUGGUCCUCCCCGCUGUCUGGAUGGUGCUGCCCUCUCCUGCCCCAUAUCUUUGGGGCCCAUUUGUCUGUCUUUUUUUGUUGGUUGUUUUUAUAGAUAUAUAUAUAUAUAUUAAAGCGUCUGACCCAGCCCCCACCCUCCCAUCCCCACACUGCGGUUAAUUUAUCAGUUGUUAAAAACGCGGUUGCUCUGCUUCCAGCCUCUGCUUCUGCCGUAUCCCUAAUAAAACGUGGAGGACCUCCACCCCCACCCUGA